AUGUUUUCUGUCGUGCAGACAGCAAACAUUAAUCGCAUCAAGUUACUGAUGGUGAUGAUGCCAGAUGAUUUGCUCAAAAAUAUUCAUUCCACUUUAAUGGGACAAAUAUUUCUCUUGAAUUCAUCUCAAGCCUACAUCGAGAAUUUCAAAUGCUCAGAACACACACAAACGUUACUCGAAUCAUCUUUCGCAUUUCCCGCCGUCGGAAAAUGUUAG